CUUCCACGCCCGCUAAAGCGGUUCUAUCCGUUCGGAAAUAAGCCCACGAGUGGGGCCAUACUUGCAUGCUGAGGGAUCACCUCUUUCAUGUUAUCACGCCAUCCUUCGAUUUUCCCACACUGUCGGAUUGCCGAAAUUUUCGUCUCUUCUUGGCCUAUUCCGGCGUAUCGGUGCUGGCAUACACUUUUUUUUCUUUUCUUUUUUUUUUCUGUUUUUUCCAUCUUUCCAAACGACACAUUUCGAGGAAAUUGCAUCAACGAAAACCCCACAUGGAUUUUCAGGGGGACGGGAGCUGUCUGGCAUUUGGCUUACAACUUUAAUAAUUUCUUUUGUUGGCACCUGGUGAGAUUCUUGCUUGAGGGGGAAACUCCAGGACUGGUUCCAGGACAUGAUGCCGUCAGGGCGAUUUCAUUUUCGUUUCCCCGCGGUCUCGCUUUCCUACCUACCGCUACUUGAGGUGGAAUAACCUGGGUAGUGGGUAAUGAUGAUUAUGACUAUGAGAUAGCUGUUUACCAGAAGUUCAAUCUGCUACCAAAAAAUAGACGUCCCCGGCGCUAAACCGAUGGAGAUCCUAGAUUUGAUUCAUCGAUUCAGUCUGAAAUCAGAAGUAAAGCCGAUCAGGGUAACUCUGAAUCUCGCAUUCCCCGGAUUUUCCCUAGAUCCAAGGCAUGAAUAGAUCAAGUAGGG